AUGCCGGACGCACACAAAGAUGAACCACGACGCUGCAAGGAUAAAGAUGAGCUUGCUUUGGAUGCCUUGGCUGUCUACAGCAUCCGCCUUCUUUGCGGAGAUAUGGUGGACCGCGCAAGCUCUGGCCAUCUGGGCACCCCAUUUGGCUGUGCGCCCCUGGCCAACGCUCUUUGGGGGAGCAUUAUGAAGUUCUCGCCCAACAAGAGAUGGCUCAAUCGCGAUCGCUUCGUCCUGUCCGUCGGGCAUGCGUCCGCCCUGCUUUACAGCAUGCUGCACCUGGUGGGAACGGGAGCAGGUGGCCCUUACGAAGUCUGCAUGGAGCAGCUGAAGCAGUUUCGUCAAGCGGGCAGCAGCACCCCCGGCCACCCGGAAUUUCGAAUGACCAGUGGUGUUGAGGUCACCACGGGACCCCUGGGCCAGGGCUUUGCCAAUGCCGUCGGGAUGGCCAUCUCCGAGGCCCACCUGGCUGCCCGUUUCAAUCGCGAAGGCUUCCCGCUCUUCGACCACUACACCUAUGUGCUUGCUGGUGAUGGCUGCCUCAUGGAGGGCGUCGCGCAGGAGGCUUCCUCCCUGGCUGGGCACCUCCGUCUGCACAAGCUCAUUGUUUUCUACGACGACAACAAGGUCACGAUCGACGGUGGCACCGACCUCGCCUUUAGCGAGGACGUCGGUGGGGUCUUUGCGGCCAAGGGAUGGAACGUUCUUCGCUUGGAAGAUGGAAAUCAAGUGAGUUCGAGCGCCUACGAGGAGAUCGUGGAGGAGGCCAAAUCCCAGAAGGAGAAGCCGACCAUCAUCAUCAUGAAGACGACGAUUGGCUGUGGGGCAGGGAAAGGAGUCGAGGCGACGUCGAAGGCCCACGGCGGCAAGUUCUCGAACUUGGAGGACCUCCGCAAGAAGUGGCACUCGCCGGCGGGCUUGCGGACCAGCGGCGGUGACCUGGACAAGCAGGUGGCGGACUUAGUUCAACAAGAGUUGGACGCCCUGGCUGCCUACGGAAGCUCAGAAUGCAGCUCAGCAGCCAAGUCCGGCGUCCUUCCGAAGUUCUACGUGCCGAGGCCGGUCCUCCAGCGCUUCCGCAGCUACGGAAAGCAAGGCGACGGCCUCUGCGAGUCCUGGGAGGAUCUUUGUCGGCGAUUCUGUGAGACCUUCCGACAGAAGGAGCCAGCCGUCGUGAAAGACCUGGAGGAACGACUCCAGGGGAAGUACGUGUCCGACAGCUGGGAAGCCACGGCGGAGAAAUACCUGACCAACGAGCUCGCCUCCAUCAUGGCCGCAUUGCCCGACCUGCGGAACGAGGACGAUGCCACGGAGGGGGACGAGCCACCGGCCAAGCGUUUCAAGGUCGGCACGAAAAGCUUCAAGUACAAAGCCGGCCGUGUCUACGUCUCCGAGGUGCUCAAGAAUUUUGCCGAGCAGACGCCGGCGUUGAUCGGAGGAUCACCCGACGUCGCGAGCAGCGUCGGGGCACACUUUCCGAGCAUCCAAGGCAACUUCCUGCCACCGUCGCUGCGGCCGGGUGCCAGCUAUGCUGGGCGCUACAUCCACUUCGGCGUGCGCGAGCACGCGUGCCUUGCCAUUCUCAAUGGCAUCUGCUCCUAUUCGGCGCUAAUUCCUUACGCGUCGCUCUUCACCGUCUUUUUCCAGUACGGUAUGCCGGCGCUCCGAAUGGCCUCGAUCUCCAAGUUUCCGGUGCUUUACAUCGGCACGCACGACUCGAUCGACCUGGGAGAGGACGGCCCAACGCACCAGCCGGUCGAGGUUUUGCCGCAGCUUCGUGCCAUGCCUAAUUUUCUCGUGAUCCGCCCGGCGGAUGUGGAGGAGGUGGUCGGAGCCUUCCGCGUCUUCGCAGAGCAGUACACCGGCCAUCGUGAGGUGGAGCAGUACAUCGACCCUAAGCCGCUGAAGCGCCGCCCAGUCUUCAUCAUGACCUCUCGGGGUGAGCUCGGCCUCCCCUACAAGAGCAAUGUGGCUAUGAAGGGCCGCGAUGGAGUGCUCCGAGGCGCCUAUGUGGUGCACGACUGCUGCGACGCACACUCCUCGCAGCUGACGACCUCGCAGCUGCCGGACAUCAUCCUCAUAGGCAGUGGACAGGACGUGGCCCUUGUCAUGGAGACGAAGGCUUUGCUCUUGCAGUGGUCCAGGAAGGUCAACCAGCAGCUCUCAGGAGCCUUCGACGGCUUCCCUGCGGCCAAGUGGGAAGGCCAGGCCCUCUUGAAGGUGCGAGUCGUGUCGAUGCCAUGCUGGGAGAUUUUCGAUGAGCAGGAUCAGGAAUACCAGGACUCUGUCCUCCUAUCGAAUUUCAACGACAUCCUCCGGAUCUACGUGGAGAAGGCCGCGACGAAGAACACGGGGCACGACAAGUACGCCCACUUCUCCAUCCUCAUGCCCUCCUAUGGCCUCUCCGGGAAGGCGAAAGACGUGGAAAAGAUUUUGGAGUUUACCCCCGAGUACGUGGCUGCCAAAGUCUGGAGCAGCUGGAUUCAGAGGGGUCGGAGGCUCCAGCUCCACGGGGACCGCGCCGACCAAGGCAUGGCGACCUGGGUCUCUCACUUGGGGCGGCGGGCAGGUGCCCACUGA